AUGAAUGCUGCAUUGCCCUCUAUUCAACUUUCUGUUGACUACACUACGUUACUAUCAGAAAUCAAUGAUUUUUUACUACAUUUCAAACAAGAUUUUGCAGAGACUAAAAAUUCAAAUGACGUUGAUAUAGACAUAGAUGUUGCUCAAGAGUUCGAGCAGAUAGGAGAUGGUCCAAAAUACUUAAAAUUUCUACAACAAGUGGCUAAUAGGGAAGUCAAUACCGUCUUUGUUGAGUUGGAUGAUAUCUUCCAAUAUCAGCGACAGAAAUUCAUAGAGAACAAUGGUUCAACAGAUCUAGUCGGCAAAAUUGAAGAAAACGCCAAUCAUUUCACAGAGCUUUUCUGCCGCUCGAUCUACAGUAUUAUGCCGCUACCCACAAAGGAGCUAAAUUACAAGGAUGACGUUUUAGACGUUAUUUUAAAUCAAAGACGGUUAAGAAAUGAGAGAACAGUCUCGGAAAGAGCCAAUGAGAUAAGAAAUGAGAGAACAGUCUCGGAAAGAGCCAAUGAGAUAAGAAAUGAGACUUUUACUGAUAUUGGCCAAGAGCCAUCAUCAAUGUCGGAUGCUCUUAGGGAAGUAGCAGAGGAGGAAUCGGAAUUGUUUCCGGCAAAUUUAACGAGAAGGUACGAUCUGUAUUUCAAACCACUGUCUUCAAAAUACGCUCAUACCAAAAAGGAGAGAAUACCUAGCUCAACGCCGCUCUCCGUAAGACAGAUAAAAGGCGACCAUUUAGGUAGGUUGAUUACCGUGAAGGGAAUAGUUACCAGAGUAUCUGAUGUCAAACCUGCCGUCAUGGUUGUGGCCUACACUUGUGAUCAAUGUGGUUACGAAGUGUUUCAAGAGGUUCAUUCAAAAACAUUCACUCCACUGGUUGAAUGCACAUCAAAGGAAUGUUUACAGAAUCAAACAAGAGGUCAAUUAUUCAUGAGUACGAGAGCUUCCAAAUUUAGUGCAUUUCAAGAAUGUAGAAUACAAGAAUUAUCACAGCAGGUUCCUGUGGGACAUAUUCCAAGAUCAUUAACCAUUCAUGUUAACGGCUCACUUGUCAGAUCUUUGUCGCCUGGGGAUAUCGUGGAUGUGACAGGUAUAUUUCUUCCAUCUCCAUAUACAGGUUUUAAGGCUUUGAAAGCUGGUUUAUUAACUGAAACCUACUUGGAGUCACAAUAUAUUUAUCAACAUAAAAAUAAAUUUGCAACUUUUGAGCUUUCACAGGAUGCUCAUAAUCGUGUCACUGAAAUGAUUGAAGAAGGUAAUAUUUACGAGAGACUAGCAAAGUCAAUUGCUCCAGAAAUUUACGGAAACUUAGAUGUCAAAAAGGCUUUAUUGUUAUUAUUGGUUGGUGGUGUUGAUAAAAGAGUUGGCGACGGUAUGAAGAUUAGAGGUGACAUAAAUGUCUGUUUAAUGGGCGAUCCCGGUGUUGCGAAAUCACAACUUUUAAAAUCUAUUGUUAAGAUUUCUCCAAGAGGUGUUUACACUACCGGUAAAGGUUCCUCUGGUGUCGGAUUAACUGCAGCUGUUAUGAAAGACCCCGUUACAGAUGAAAUGAUAUUGGAAGGUGGUGCUUUAGUCUUAGCUGAUAACGGUAUUUGCUGUAUUGAUGAAUUUGAUAAAAUGGACGAAAGUGAUAGAACCGUUAUCCAUGAAGUCAUGGAACAGCAAACUAUUUCUAUCUCUAAAGCAGGUAUUAAUACAACAUUGAAUGCGAGAACUUCAAUUUUAGCAGCAGCAAAUCCUCUAUAUGGUCGUUAUAAUCCAAGGCUAUCUCCAUUGGAAAAUAUAAAUUUACCAGCAGCUCUGCUAUCACGUUUCGAUAUUCUAUUCUUGUUGCUGGAUAUGCCUAACAAGGAAGAAGAUGAAAAGUUGGCAGAACAUGUCGCUUUCGUUCACAUGUAUAAUAAGCAACCGGACUUAGAUUUCACUCCUAUAGAUCCAUCUAGAAUGCGGGAAUAUAUUGCGGUUGCCAAAUCGAAAAGACCCGUAAUAGGUAAAGAAGUUAAUGAGUAUCUUGUUCAAUCUUAUGUCAGGUUAAGGCAGGACUCAAAAAGGGAAAUGGAUUCAAAAUUCUCUUUCGGACAAGCAACACCAAGAACACUGCUUGGCAUUAUCAGAUUAUCACAAGCAUUGGCAAAACUGAGAUUAGCGGACGCUGUUGAACGAGAUGACGUCGAAGAGGCUUUAAGAUUAACCAAAGUCUCUAAGGAAUCGUUAUAUCAGGACAGAAAAGCCGUAAGUCAUGAAGACGAAAAUCCAAUUACGAAAAUUUUCACAAUCGUGAAAAAGAUGGCUCAGGACACUGGAGAUCAGUUCAAGAAAGGUUUACAAUAUGAGAAUAUUGUGAAAGUUUUAAGGUCAAGAGGGUUUACAAUGCUACAGAUUAGUAAUUGUAUUCAAGAAUACAGUUAUUUGAAUGUGUGGCAUUUAAUAAAUGAGGGUACCACGUUGAAAUUUGUCGAUGAUGGGUCAAUGGAAGAGCCCAUAUCAGCAGAUAGAGCAGAGUCAAACUCUUAUGAUUCUGACACUGACAUGACAGGUGCUUGA